UUAAAAAAAAACUUGCCCAUCAUCAGAGCAGACGAGGGACUCGUCUACCAGUUUUUUCAAUUCUUUGUGUCUUUGGGGUCAGGGUCGAUACUAAAAAUGCCUUUCUCUUACCUUGCCCGUAGCUCUGCAACGCGAGGCGUUAAAAGCUUGGUGAAUAACUGCAGGAGGUCGAUUUAUUCAACAUCCACAAUAAUGGCGGAAUUUCGAAAAGAACGUGAUACUUUUGGUGAAUUAAAUGUACCAGCUGAUAAAUAUUAUGGAGCACAAACCCUUAGAUCUGUUAUGAAUUUUCCAAUUGGUGGCGAACCAGAGAGGAUGCCUAUUCAAGUUGUUAAAGCAAUGGGAAUAUUAAAAAAAGCAGCUGCUUUAGUAAACAAAGAAUACGGUUUAGAUUCGAAGAUAGCAGAUGCGAUCUCGAAAGCUGCCGAUGAUGUUAUAUCAGGAAAAUUAUACAACGAUCAUUUUCCUUUGGUCAUUUGGCAAACGGGUUCUGGUACACAAUCAAACAUGAACACAAAUGAAGUAAUUAGUAACAGGGCCAUUGAAUUAAUGGGUGGAACGUUAGGUUCAAAAACUCCGGUACAUCCAAAUGAUCAUGUUAAUAAGAGUCAAAGCAGUAACGAUACUUUCCCCACAGCUAUGCAUAUCGCCGUAGCUAAAGAAAUAAAUGAGUGUACUUUACCUGGAUUGGUCGCCUUACGCGACGCUCUCCAACAAAAAUCUAAAGAAUUUGAAAAAAUUAUUAAAAUCGGUAGAACGCACACCCAAGAUGCAGUACCUUUAACUCUUGGUCAAGAAUUUGGAGGUUAUGUACAACAACUAACUUUUGGUAUUGACAGGAUUAAAGAUACUUUACCAAGAUUGUACAUGUUGGCUUUGGGAGGAACCGCUGUUGGCACCGGAUUAAAUACAAGAAUUGGAUUUGCUGAAAAAACCGCAGCCAAAAUUGCCGAAUUAACUGGACUCCCAUUUGUUACCGCACCAAAUAAAUUCGAAGCUCUUGCCGCUCACGAUGCUAUGGUUGAAGUUUCAGGUGCUUUAAACACAGUUGCUUGCUCAAUUAUGAAAAUUGCCAAUGAUAUUAGAUUUUUGGCAUCUGGUCCUCGUUGCGGUUUAGGAGAAUUAUCACUACCCGAAAACGAACCAGGCAGUUCUAUUAUGCCCGGUAAAGUAAAUCCAACUCAAUGUGAAGCUAUUACGAUGGUGGCAGGUCAAGUAAUGGGUAACCAUGUAGCCGUAACAGUUGGUGGAUCAAACGGACAUUUUGAAUUAAACGUUUUUAAACCGAUGAUAGUCGCAAACGUGUUAAGAUCAGCUAAAUUAUUGGGAGAUAGUUGUCAAGCAUUUACGAAAAACUGCGCUGUAGGAAUCGUUGCAAAUAAAGAUAAAAUUGAUAAAAUCAUGAAGGAAAGUUUAAUGUUGGUCACCGCUUUGAAUCCCCAUAUCGGGUACGAUAAAGCGGCCGCUAUUGCUAAAACCGCACAUAAAGAAGGAACAACGUUGAAAGAAGCCGCUAUUAAAUUAGGACAUUUGAACGAACAACAAUUUAAUGAAUGGGUACGACCUGAAAAUAUGUUAGGGCCAAAGUAAAUGAGAUGAUUGGUGUCUGAAAAAUUUGAGAUACUCUCGAUUAAUUAAUGAAUUUUAAAAAUAUAUUUGUUUUUUUUGA